AUGUCUACAACAUCAAUAUCAAAUUGUGAUAUUACUGUCAAAGUGUUAUUGGUUGGUGACCCAUCGGUUGGUAAAUCAUCUUUGCUAUGGAGAAUGUGUGAGAAUAUACACCCAUCAGUUGAACAAGCAAAUAUUACUAUAGCUCAAACUCAUAAAACAAAAGCGAUACCAUUUAGUGGUAAAAAACAAAUAGUUGUUAAAUUUAUUGAUACAGUGGGACAAGAAAGAUUUAGAACUAUAUCUAGAAGUUUGUAUUCGAAUACGGAUGUGGUGAUUCUAACGUUCGAUCCAACGAAUCGAUCGUCGUUCGAACGUCUGCAGCAGUGGAAUACAGAGGUGGAGAGAUACGCACGCAACCCCAAGCUAUACGUGGCAUUGGCCAGCACAAAGUCAGAUUUAAUUUCAUCGUCUACCACGGCGACGACGUCAGGCACCACCGCUACCAUCUCGACGACAACCACCGCUACAUCAUCGAACAACAACAACAACAGCAGCAACAGCAAUAACAGUAGCAUCUACAACAAUAACAAUACUGGUGGCGACAUUGUCAGCGUCGCAGAAGCGCAGCAAUUCGCACAAUCCAAAGGAAUCAUCUAUAUACAGACGAGCUCGGUCAGUGGCACCGGUGUCGAAGAUCUGUUGUAUACGGUGGUGAAGGGUGCCGGCGAGAAGUUGUACGCCGACGAAAACUGGACAAAGUUCAAACCGAAAUCGACAGUUCGUUCACCCACUCUUUUAGGUACUUUUAGCAGUAGUUUUCAAAAUAGUUUUAAUGGUAGCAGUAGCAACACCAACAACAGCAGUAGUAAUAAUAAUUCAAAUAAUAGUAACAACAAUAAUAGUAAUAGUAAUUCACCUCAAAAUAAUUCACCAAAUAAUAAUAACACUACUAAUAAUGAGAAGAAAUCCUCUUUUUGUACAAUAUUUAAAGUAACAAGUUGUAGAAUGAAUAGUAAUAAUGUAAUAUCAUUGGAUGAUGACGAUGAUGAUUUUAAAGUAGAUAAUAAUAAUAAGAGUAAUAAUAAUAAUGAUUAUAGUAAUACAAAUAAUGGAUUUAUAAAGAAGAAGACAACAACAACAACUACAAAUGCUAAUAAGAGUAAUAAUGUAGCAAUGUCACUUGAAAGUAGUUUAGAUGCAAUUGAUAACGAUGAUUUUGAAGACGAGAUUGAAAUGACAUUCACAAGAGAUGAACCGAAAAAGAGAAAGAAGACAACGAAAUCAACCGCUGCUGCUUCCACUACGUCACGUGGUAGACAAACAAAGAAACAGGCAGUCAAUACAUCGUCAACCUCGAUAUUAGAUUAUGAAGAUUCGUUUAUUAGUAAAAAGAGUAACAAUAGUGCAUUGGACUUGGAUGACUAUGACGAUGAUUUCAAAACACCUGCACCAACAACUUCAACAUCGACAUUAGCAGCAACAGCAGCAUCAAAGAGAACAAUGAAACCAACAACAACUACAUCGACAACAUCGACAACCAGAGGAAGACCACGACAAUUGCAAUUGGACGAUUCAAAACCGGCAAAGAAGAAAUCAAAGAAAGAAGCACUGAAAGAGACAUCGAUUCAUUUCGAUUCGGAACUGCCGCCAGCAGAGAUCGACGAUCUUCUCAGUAUGAUGACAGAGAAAUGUAGUGAUAUCAUCUGUUCCGAUUUGAAACAAGAGAAACUAUCGAUCGAUUGUUCAAUUCAAUGGAAAAGAUCAUUGAGCAAUGGAAAGAAAGAAGAUCAAGAUAUUAUAGUUUUAAGAUAUUCACCGGAAUUUCUAUAUAGAAUGGCGGAAACCAAUACUUUGAUUACUACCAUAUCUAAUCUACUUGAUAACUACCCAACAAAGAGAUUCAUCCUCUUGAUUGAAUCAUUGGAUUACUUUUUGAAACAAAAGUCACAAAUGAAAUCAGCUGAUAUCACAUCAAAGUUGAAUGGCAGUAGUAACCAAACAUCAAGUACCACUACUAAUGGUAGUUCAUCUGACGUUGUUUGUAAAAAGUUCUUUUCCAGACACGAGUUUGAAAAGAUAUUUUUAGAAAUACAGUAUAAAUAUUCAACUAUAAUGGUUAGAAUUGUAAAUAAUAGAAGUGAAAGUUCAUUGUUUUUGGUGAAAUGUACAGAGUGUAUCAGUAUGUUGCCUUAUCGCGAAGACAAUUCCAAGUUGUUUCAGGGUUUCUGUCCGGAUGCCAUCAAAAAGAAAUACAAGAAUUCCAAUGAGAUUUGGACUUCACAGCUUUGUAUGAUCAGUGGUGUUUCAAAGAGUGUGGCAUCUUCGAUUAUCAUGCGGUAUCCAACCAUCAAAUCGUUGUACGACGACUACUACAAACCUGGAAUGACCGAUCAACAAAGAGUUUCACUUCUCAAGGAUCUAAAGAUAGAGUCAUCCAACAAGAAGUUAGGUCCGGUACUCUCCUCUAGGAUCUUUCAAAUAUUCUGUGGUAAAGAUCCCAACCAAUUAGUUAAAUAA